AUGUUUAAUGUGGUGUCUUCUCGAUUGACCAAUGAGCUGUUCGAAAGAGCGUUGGGUGAUUCACUGAAGGAUUUCUCUCGCAUUCCAUGGCUCAAGGAAGAACAAAAGCGCUGCUUACGAUCCACGGCAGACAAAAAGGACGUUUUUGGAAUUCUUCCCACAGGAUUCGGCAAAAGUCUGGUAUUUCAAUUGCUACAAACUUUGGUAUCAGCUCGGGCGACGAACGAUCAAAAUGUGAUCUGCUUUCAAGCACGUCUGAUGUCGACAUUGACGUUGUUUAUGGUAGUCCGGAGAGUUGGUGUUCUCCCGAAUGGUCAAAAGCACUAAAAAAUGGCUUCCUCUGGAAACAAACUGUCUGUUUAAUCGUGGAUAAAGCACAUGCUGUUUCUGCUUGUUAAGUCACUUAAUGUCUUUUAUCUUUGGUACUCCCUUUGUUUGCAUGCACUGAAAACGUGUUGUCUUGCUCCUUCGGUCUUAGGAAAUUAAACAACGCAUGUCAUUAAUGCAAAUCUUGGAAUUCACGAUUAUUUCACCCACCUUGCUAUUUACCUAAGAAAGUUCUGUUGGAAAGCUUUAAAGAACCAGGCAUAUGAUAAUUUCAUGAUAAGGUAACACCGGAAAAAAAUGGCCCUGAAUUCUAAAGUUUGGCGGUUAGUAAAAUAUACAGUAAAAUAUGAAUAAUUUCCCAGAUCUGUUUGAUUACACAUUGUAAUAUUAUUAAGACUUAUGAUUUACAUGUUAUUUUCAAUACAUGUACUUCUGAAUUUUUUUAAUUUCCUGUUUAUUUCGGUAAACUUUCUUACAAUUUAUUAUUUUACCACAACAAACAUUAGAACUUAAAGAGGCCUUAUUAUUUUAUUCGCAGGGGUGAGGUGUCUGUUAGCAGCAGGGGAAAGAGACAGCCAUUCAGAGAAGCCUUUGCUAGAGUGAAAGGGAUGCGGUCAUUUCUACCUGGUGGCCCUGUUCUUGCCCUAACUGCCUCUGUGAAAGUUAAAGAUCGAUCUUGCUUGUGGAAAUCGUGUGGAAUGGUGAAUCCUGUAAUUGUUGAUGUGGCAGCUAAAAAGGAAAAUAUUUGCCUUGAAUUCUUAAGGAUAACAGUGGAAAAAGAGCCCCUAACAAAAUCUAAAGUGGAUUGCCAGUAUGAUUGA